AUGGGAGAAGAGAACAAAACCUAUGUGAAUGAAUUUGUCUUCUUGGGCCUUUCACAGGAUCCAGAGACACAAGUUCUGCUUUUCUUCGUUUUCCUGAUUAUCUACUUGCUCACUGUGCUGGGAAACCUGCUGAUCAUUGUACUCAUUCACAUCGACUCCAGGCUCCACACACCUAUGUAUUUUUUCCUUAGAAACUUGUCCUUUGCCGAUCUCUGUUUUUCUACUACCACUGUCCCCCAGGUGCUAAUCCACUUCCUGGUGAAGAAGAAAAGCAUUUCCUUUGCUGGAUGCUCAACACAGAUUGUUGUCUUACUUCUGGUUGGAUGUACAGAGUGUGCACUGCUGGCAGUGAUGUCCUAUGACCGGUACGUGGCUGUCUGCAAGCCCCUGCACUACUCCACCAUUAUGACACAUUGGGUAUGUGUCCAGCUGGCUAUAGGGUCCUGGGCCAGUGGAGCAUUUGUGUCUCUGGUGGACACCACAUUCACAUUGCGUCUACCCUACCAAGGAAGUAAUAUCAUUAAACAUUUUUUCUGUGAACCUCCUGCCCUCCUGAAGCUGGCUUCAGCAGACACUUAUAGCACAGAAAUGGCCAUCUUUGCAAUGGGCGUGGUAAUCCUCCUGGCUCCUGUUUCCCUCAUCCUUGUCUCAUACUGGAAUAUUAUCUCCACCGUGAUCCAGAUGCAGUCCAGGGAGGGAAGGCUGAAGGUCUUCUCUACCUGUGGUUCCCAUCUCAUUGUUGUUGUUCUCUUCUAUGGCUCAGCAAUAUUUGCUUACAUGAGGCCAAACUCCAAGAUAAUGAAUGAAAGGGAUAAAAUGAUCUCUGUGUUCUACUCAGCAGUGACACCUAUGCUGAACCCCAUCAUUUAUAGUUUAAGGAACAAGGAUGUCAAAGGGGCUCUCAGGAGAGUAACUACAAAAUAAUUAUGAUGACCAUUUUAGGGAUUUGGAGAGAAGUGAUUUUCUUGUUAAUUUUUUCCAUUUCACUUUUUUUUUCUCUUUUCCUAUAUCUUCUCAAAAAGGCAAUUCAACAAAUUGCCUAUUCAGAGCAAGGCACCUUAGUAGACACAGGAAAUAAAUUAAAAGGAAGAAAAGAAAAUGUAAGGGAAGGAAAAAAUAAAGGAGGGGGAAG